GCCCCUGACUUUCGUGGGCGCCCAGACCAGGAAGGUCCUGCUCACGCCGCUCAUGCAGCCCCCACGCCCCUUCCGCGUCUCCAACUCCGACCGCAGCAGCCGCCGCGGGGUGAUGGCCAGCAGCCUGCAGGAGCUCCUCACCAAGGCCCUGGAUGCGCUGGUCAUCACGGCAGGGCUGGUUACACUGGUGCUGGAGGAGGACGGCACCGUGGUGGACACGGAGGAAUUCUUCCAGACGCUGGGCGACAAUACACACUUCAUGGUCCUGGAAGACGGGCAGAAGUGGACGACGGCCAGCAGGUACGCGCCAGCCCGGCAGCCGCAGCGGUCAGGCAUCGCCAGAGUCACCCUGGACCUGUACAGGCUGCACCCCAAGGACUUCCUGGGCUGCCUCAACGUCAAGGCCACCCUGUACGAGAUGUACUCGGUGUCCUACGACAUCCGCUGCACGAGCGUCAAGGCCAUGCUGAGGAGCCUGCUGCGCCUGCUGUCCUACGCUGCCCAGGUGACCGGCCAGUUCCUCCUCUACUCCAGCUCCUACAUGCUGCGCGUGCUGGACGACACGGGGGAGCCAGCGGCCCCCACGUCGCAGGCUUGGGGCUGGUUCCGGUUCACGCACAGAUAGGGGCGCCGCGCCUCCGGGCAGCCCUGUCCCCCGCUGCAGCUGCCGCGGCCCUGCUGGGACAGGCGGGCCUGGUGGGAGGCUGAGGCCCGGUCCCGGGUUGGCACCACCCUCUGCCUGCCGGCUCAAUAAAGCGCCCGAGGACCCUC